AUGGCGUCGUCUGACGAAGAGGCUACUCUAUCGAUCCCGUCACUUGCCUUCGUUGCCUUUCUAUCAUUCUUCAUUAUACGUUACUUUAUUUCUUCGCGAUCCACAGAUACCGCCGUGGCCUCGCAAAGAGCAGGUCAGCGGUUUACCGGCGCCCAAGUUGAGCAGGUGGCGCAAAUGUUUCCACAGCUAAGCAGAAGAGAUAUCAUGUGGGAUCUCCAGCGGAACGGAGGAAGCGUAGCUGCGACGACAGAGCGAGUGCUGGGUGGUAGAGGUCUUGAGAGGGCACCGCCGUCCUUUCAACCGGUGAUUCCAGUUUCCACAAAUGCUGUCUCGACAGCAGCCAUAGCCUCGGUCAUCCCUAAAGCUGCCGAGCCCGAUCUUAUCACUCGUUAUAAUCUCCAGUCUCGGAUUAGUUCCAAGGGAAAGGAGAAGGAAGAACCAGCCCCUGCGACUGGAUGGGCAGCAAACAAGGACAAGCGGCAAGAAAUGUUACAACGUAGGAGGGACGAAAUGAUACUUGCAGCUCGGCGCAGAAUGCAGGAGAGAGACCAGGAAGCAUGCGGAUCGUGA